GUGCUGAGCAGGGGGAAGAAACCUCCUAAAAUCCUCUCUAACUUUCCAGCUUCCCUGCAGCACUUUGCUGCACGCCGUGCUGGUGGGAGCUUGUCAGCCCCUCGGGAAGGAAGCAGGGUGAAGCAGGGCAGGCUGCGUAGCAACUACAUUGCGAAGUGGUAACAAUUCCCAAGUGGGGCAGUAACAAAAUCGAUUUUUCUCCCCUUCAGCUUGGCAGCUCUCCAGGUGCCUGCUCUGGCACAAUGAAGUGUGUAGCUGGGGAGGGAGGGACUUCGGGUUGAUGUGUGGGGGGGUGAUACAAAGAGACAGAAGUUUAAUCAUUGAACCAAUCACACUGGAUGGAUUUAUUUCUGGACUCAAUUUCCCAGGAACUCCACUAUCUCACCCUGGGGGAAAUGCCUCAGCUGAAGUUUCUCUAGCUCCAGCUUCGUGAAUAAAGACCUGUCGCUUUGGAGUUACUCACAGCAGCUCUGUCACUACUGACUCAUCCAUCCGCUUCAAGAAAAUGUUCGCCGUCCACCUGCUAGCUUUCCAUUUCACAAAGCUAAAAGAGGAUCAAAUAAAAAAGGUGGACAGGUACCUGUAUCACAUGCGUCUCUCCGACGAUGUCUUGCUGGACGUGAUGGCUCGCUUCCAGGCUGAGAUGGUGAAGGGCUUGGGGAGAGACACGAACCCCACAGCAACAGUCAAAAUGCUGCCGUCUUUUGUGCGCUCGCUUCCCGAUGGCUCAGAGAAGGGUGACUUCCUUGCUGUUGACCUGGGCGGCUCCCAGUUUCGUGCCCACCAGGUGAAGGUGUUUGAUGACGGGAAGCAGAGCAGCCAGCUGGAGAGCAAGUUUUACCCCACACCCAAGGAGGUCAUACAGGGGAACGGAGCUGAGCUCUUUGAUUACGUUGCUGAGUGUCUGUUAGACUUCAUGGAGGCCAAAAACCUGAAGCAUAAGAAGUUACCUCUUGGCUUUACAUUUUCUUUUCCAUGCAAACAGACCAAAUUGGAAGAGGGGGUUCUUCUUGCCUGGACGAAACACUUCAAAGUCCGUGGAGUUCAGGACACGGAUGUGGUCAGCUCCCUGCGCAAGGCCCUCCAGAAGUAUCAGGACAUAGACGUUGAUGUUUUGGCACUGGUCAAUGACACCGUGGGAACCAUGAUGACUUGUGGAUAUGAUGACCAGCGCUGUGAAGUUGGACUCAUAAUUGGGACUGGCACCAAUGCGUGCUACAUGGAGGAAAUGAGGCACAUCGAUCUGGUGGAAGGUGAUGAGGGGAGGAUGUGCAUUAACACAGAGUGGGGGGCCUUUGGAGAUGACGGUGCUUUGGAUGACCUCCGCACAGAGUUUGAUCGGGAGCUCGAUCUGGGAUCUCUCAAUCCUGGAAGGCAACUGUUUGAGAAGAUGAUCAGCAGCCUGUACUUGGGGGAACUUGUAAGACUCAUUCUCCUAAAAAUGACAAAGGAAGGUCUACUCUUCAAUGGGAAAGUGUCAACAGCUCUGCUUACUAAGGGCAAGAUCGAAAUGAAACAUGUGUCUGCAAUGGAAAAAUAUAAGGAAGGUCUGAGCAACACGAAAGAGAUCCUUACAGAGCUGAACCUGUUUCCCUCUGAAGAGGACUGCAUCGCUGUUCAGCAUGUCUGCACCAUCGUUUCCUUCCGCUCGGCCAACCUCUGUGCUGCCGCCUUAGCAGCCAUACUGACUCGACUGAGAGAGAAUAAAAAACUGUUAAGGAUGCGAACCACUGUUGGGAUUGAUGGGGGACUCUAUAAAACCCAUCCCCAAUACGCCAAACGUCUGCACAAGGUGGUGAGAAGGCUGGUCCCAAACUGUGAUGUUCGGUUCCUCCUCUCUGUGAGCGGCAGUGGGAAGGGGGCUGCCAUGGUCACGGCGGUGGCAUACAGGCUGGCCGCUCAGCGCAAGCGAAUCGAUGCUGCUCUCGCACCAUUUCUGCUGUCCCUGGAGACCCUCAGAGAAGUUAAGAACAAAAUGAGGAGCGAGCUGGAAUAUGGGCUAAAGCGAGAGACGCAGGCCAGUGCCACAGUGAAGAUGUUACCCACGUAUGUCUGUGGGACACCAGAUGGAACAGAGAAAGGAAAGUUCCUUGCCCUUGAUCUUGGUGGGACAAAUUUCAGGGUUCUGCUGGUCAAAAUCAGAAGUGGAAGGAGAAGAUCAGUGCGAAUGUAUAACAAAAUCUUUGCCAUUCCUUUGGAGAUCAUGCAAGGGACGGGGGAAGAGCUCUUUGACCAUAUUGUCCAGUGCAUAGCAGACUUUUUGGAAUAUAUGGGGAUUAAAGGUGCUCGACUGCCUCUGGGCUUCACCUUCUCCUUCCCAUGCAGGCAAGCCAGCAUUGACAAGGGAACACUUGUGGGAUGGACAAAAGGUUUCAAGGCAACAGACUGUGAGGGGGAGGAUGUUGUUGAUAUGCUGAGAGAGGCCAUCAGGAGAAGAAAUGAGUUUGACUUGGACAUUGUAGCAGUGGUGAAUGACACCGUGGGGACAAUGAUGACAUGUGGGUAUGAGGAUCCAAACUGUGAGAUCGGCCUUAUCGCAGGAACAGGCAGCAAUGUGUGCUACAUGGAGGACAUGAAAAACAUAGAAAUAGUGGAAGGGAAUGAAGGAAAAAUGUGCAUUAAUACAGAAUGGGGAGGAUUUGGUGACAAUGGCUGCAUUGACAACAUCAGAACAAAGUAUGAUAAAGAAGUAGAUGAGGGCUCACUAAACCCAGGGAAACAGAGGUAUGAAAAAAUGACCAGUGGAAUGUACCUAGGUGAAAUAGUAAGGCAAAUUUUGAUCGACUUAACCAAACAAGGACUGCUGUUCAGAGGACAGAUUUCGGAAUCACUCCGGAAAAGAGGCAUAUUUGAAACAAAAUUCCUGUCUCAGAUUGAGAGCGACCGGCUCGCCCUCCUCCAAGUCCGGCGAAUUCUGCAGCAGCUCGGCCUGGACAGCACGUGUGAAGACAGCAUCAUCGUGAAAGAGGUGUGUGGAGCUGUUUCAAAAAGAGCCGCCCAGCUCUGUGGGGCAGGCCUGGCGGCUAUCGUGGAGAAGAAGAGAGAAAACCGAGGUGUGGAGCACUUGCAAAUCACCGUAGGAGUAGAUGGGACUUUGUACAAGCUUCAUCCACAUUUUUCUAGGGUCCUGCGGGAAACAGUGAAGGAACUGGCACCCCAGUGUGAUGUGACUUUCAUGCUUUCUGAAGAUGGAAGCGGGAAGGGAGCUGCUCUCAUUACUGCAGUAGCAAAAAGAUUGCAUAAUGUUGGACAGAAGUAAAAAUGAGAGGUCAAGUCAUUUCAGCAGGGCCAGGCGUGUGCACUAGAGAUUUGCUGAGCGGUGAUUCAAGAUAGCUUUGCCAGACACCAGUACCCAGGUACCCGUUUUCAGGGAGCAGUUGGUUUUUGACCAAGCAGGAUUGUGGAUUUUUGUCCUUUGAUAACUUGGAUCGGGUGUUUCUGCUCCCCACUGGCAUUAUGUCUUGGCAUACUGCAGUCUACUCAGUUCUGUACUUCAUGCAAUGCAUCUAUAAUGCACAUGGGAGAGUGAAAACAAAACAAACAAACAAACAAACAAAAUCAACCCCAAAUAUGUCUUUUUACAAUGGCUUGAUUAAGCUACUGCACCACAACUGAAUUUAUCACCAGUUUCUUAGGAUUUAUGUGUGUUUUAGUUUUGGCUUGGCCUGGCUCAAGGAAUAUUGAGAUCCUGAUGUUGCACCUAUCUGGUUGGACAUAUUUGUUCAAUGCUUCACAGGUUUUACAAUAAAUUUGCAGGUAAAAUAAAUUAAUGGACUUCAGUCAGUGAUGCUCCCCACAUCCGCUACCUUGGUUGCAAGUGUAUUGUAAUGUAAUACUUCCUUGAGUACAGCAGGCAUGUUUAUUAGAUGAAUGUAAAGAAAAAAAACACAAUUCCACAAACUAUCAGUUUGUAUCAAAAUACAUUAGUGCAUCUGAGUGCAGAGAAACCUAAACCAGCGCUGGAUGGAUUCUGACUGUGACUGAUUCUUUUGAUAGUGGGGGAAAGAGAGAACGUAGAAGCAGCUACAGGGUCUGCUAUGUCUAUGUCAGGGCUACGUAGAGAGUAUCAAACCCAUUUAUCUUUGGGCUGCCAAAGUAGCUGCGUAGAGAGAAAAAAAAAAAAAAUCACCUGAAUUUCUGAAAUUCUUCUCUUUGUUUUCCUUCAGUUAUCUCCUUGCCUGUUCAUGAGAGGAUAGUUUCUAUUUUGUGGAAAGGAGUUUAUCCUUGUUUUUCAUUUUCUGUUGCUCGCUGCUCUGCCUGUCUGUAGUCUGUUGAUAAUAAAUCUGUGGUGCUGUGA